CGCCCAACGCAAUGACCAGUGCAAUGGACAACCUUUUAUUCCCAUCUUUUCUUUUUCUCUACAUUCCAUACGAUGCAACGCGGAAGUUGCCAAGAAGUUCCUCCUCAUGCAACGAGACUUAUAUAAGGAGCUCCAUCAUCUUCCCCGAUCCAUCUCCAAUUAAUUCUACUUUGCAUUCAUAAUGACUUCUACCAUCACAUUCUCGGGAGUCCUUUCGUCUCCUUCCUCCUCUAAUUCCCCUUUUUUAACCUCGCAAUCAAAUCACGAUGUAUUCUUAAGCUUUCGAGGAGAUGAUACUCGCAAUAAUUUUACUGUUCAUCUUUACCAAGCUUUGGUUCGAAAUGGAAUCCACACUUUUAAAGAUGACAAGGAGAUGAGAAAAGGUGAAGAAAUUUCACUGACACUUUUAAAGGCCAUUGAAGAGUCAAAGAUUUCGAUCAUUAUAUUUUCUGAAAACUAUGCGUCAUCUAGGUGGUGUUUGGAUGAGCUAUUGAAGAUACUAGAGUGUAAAGAAUCAAAACAACAGAAGGUUGUAGCAGUCUAUUACAAAGUCGAGCCAUCGACAGUACAACACCAAAAAAAUAGUUUUGAAAAAGCGUUCGCUGAACAUGAAGAAAAGUUCGAUGAUGCUAAAGUUCAGAGGUGGAAGACUGCCUUAAAUCAAACUGCCGGGCUAUGCGGUUUUCAUUUGAAGAUCAACGAGGAUGAAUAUGAGUUUAUCCAGAAGAUUGUUCAAGAGGUCUCAACAACCUUACCAAAUCGUUUUGACUUGCAUGUGGACGAGUAUCAGGUGGGAAUACAGUCUCAUGUAGAAGUUAUUAAUGAGCUAUUAUGUAUUGAGGAGAAUGACAUACGCAUGAUAGGGAUUUUCGGUAGUGGUGGAAUUGGAAAAACAACGAUUGCAAAAGCGAUGUAUAACCUUAUUGCUAAGAAGUUUGAAGGCCGUUGUUUUCUUGCUGAUGUUAGAGAAUCUUCAAAACAAAAUCAAGGCCGUCUUGGACAGUUGCAAGAGAAAAUUCUUUCUAACAUUCUAGGAAAGUCACCAAGGGUUGAUAAUGAUCAUCAAGGAAUCAAUUUGAUAAUGAAGAGACUUUGCCGUAAAAGAAUUCUUUUGGUGCUUGAUGAUGUUGAUUGUUUGGACCAAUUAGAAAAAUUAUGUGGAAAAUGCGAUUGGUUUGGUUCUGGGAGUCGAAUCAUCAUAACAACAAGGGAUGAGGGUUUACUAACUAAGCAUCAUGUUCAUUUCAAAUAUCGUAUGAAGGAAAUGGAUCACCAUGAAGCUCUUCAGCUCUUUAGCCAGCAUGCUUUCAAAAGUGACAAACCUAAUGAUGCUUUUGUGGAUGUCAUAAAACUUGCACUAAAGUGUGCUGCCGGCCUUCCACUUGCUUUGAAAGUGAUAGGCUCAAAUCUAUAUGGAGAAGAUAUACAUUUUUGGGAAAGUGAAUUGAAAGAGUACAAAAGAAUUCCAGAACAAAAUAUCUACGAAAAACUCAAAAUAAGUUACGAUGGAUUAGAUCAUCGUACAAAAAAGAUUUUUCUUGACAUUGCAUGUUUCUUUAAAGGAUACGAGAGAGAAUAUGUCACUAAAAUACUGGAUAGUUGUGGUUUCAAUGCCUAUGCUGGUAUCAAAAAGCUCAAUGAUAAAUGUCUCAUAACUAUUGAUGAAGAUGAUGAACUCAUGAUGCAUGACUUACUAGAAGAUAUGGGUAAAGAAAUUGUCCGACAAGAAUCACCUGAAGAACUUGGCAAGCGGAGUAGAUUAUACUUUCAUGAAGAUGUUCGUGAAGUACUUGAAAAAAAUAAGGGAACAGAGAAAAUUGAAGGCAUAUUGAUGGGAAUGCCUCGGAAGGACAGCAGGAUACGUUUGGAUUCUGGUGUGUUUGCAAAAAUGGAAAAACUCAGAAUAUUAAUAGUUAGCAAAUUCAAUAACGUCAGUUUUUGUGGUGGAUCGAAUUAUCUCUCUAAUGAGUUAAGAGUUCUUGAUUGGCCCAAAUGUCCUUUGCUCUCUUUGCCAUCUAAUUUUCAUGGAGAGAAACUCAUUCAUUUCUAUAUCGGAAAAAGCAAUAUUAGAGAUUUAGGCACGAGAUUGCAAUCUAAGGUAAGUAUUUUUAUUUUUCAUAUGUCAAUCUGUCUUACUUUUAAGUUAUGCUGCAAAUUUUCUUUAACAAUUAAUAUAUAUUUUAUUUGUUUUUUACUUUUCAAACAGAACUUAACAAGUAUAGACCUCAGUUACUGUGAAUACUUGACAAAUAUAUCGGAUCUUUCAAGUUGCUCAAAUCUAGAGAUGCUGAUGUUUGUAGGAUGUAAAAGUUUAGUUGAGGUUCAUGAUUCUGUUGGAUUUUUGGAUAAGCUUGUUCGAUUGGAUUUUAGCUAUUGUUCCAGCCUAAAGAAGUUGCCAAGAAGCUUCAAGUUGAGAUCUCUAGAAUUACUUGAACUUGACCAUUGUACUAGUCUUGAAAACUUUCCAGAAAUUGAGUGUGAAAUGAAAUAUUUGAAAUGUGUCAAGUUAAAAAGCUGCGUAAUACAGGAGCUACCUUCAUCCAUUACAUACCUCACUGGGCUCAAUAUGUUAUAUAUAGAUGAUUGCGACAACCUUGUGCAUUUUCCAGUAAACAUUUUUCAGUUGGAACAUCUACAAGAUGUUUCCAUCACCUGUCCAAAUUUUGUAAAUUUUGGAAAGGAGGUGGGGCAUAAUGGACAAUUCGUGCCAUGUACACAGGAAAAUGAAAUUUCAUCAAGUAUGGAAUUGUCGCCUCCAGAAUCAAAUAAUUUAUUUAGGAUAUUUAAUUUCUCAUCCAGUUUGAGGACUUUAAAUCUAUCUGGUAGUGGUAUUAUUAGCCUUCCUCCAUGCAUCGAAGGAUCUGUUGGAUUGUCUCACCUUUAUUUGCUAGAAUGCAAGCAACUUAAAGAAAUUCUACACCUUCCACCAAAUAUAGAAAAGGUAGAUAUCAGAGGAUGUUCCAGCCUCAAGAGUUUUUUACCAGAAUCAAAUAAUUUAUCUCGGACAUAUAAUUUUUCAUCCAGUUUGAGGACUUUAAAUCUAUGUCGUAGUGGUAUUGUUAGCCUUCCUCCAUGCAUCGAAAGAUUUGUUGGAUUGUCUGAACUUGAUUUCAGAUUCUGCGAGCAACUUGAAGAAAUUCUACACCUUCCACCAAAUAUAGAAAAGGUAGAUGCUAGUGGAUGUUUCAGCCUAAAGAAUUUCUUUACAGAAUCAAAUAAUUUAUCUCGGACAUAUAAUUUCUCAUCCAGUUUGAGGACUUUAAAUCUAACUGAUAGUGGUAUUGUUAGCCUUCCUCCAUGCAUCGAAGGAUUUGUCGGAUUGUCUAAACUUGAUUUGUCAGACUGCAAGCAACUUGAAGAAAUUCUACACAUUCCACCAAAUAUAGAAUCGGUAGAGGCUAUAGGAUGCGUGUUAUUGGAACGCUUUCCUCAUGUAUCGACAGAAUCUUCAUUUGGUACACCCGACUUAAAACGGUUAACAAGGAUUGACUUAUCGGAAUGCAAUAAAGUGGAAGUGGAUGUAGGGAAUCAUGCACCAGAUCCAUUAUUGGUACAGGAACGUUUUCGGGAGAAAGAUUCAAGUACAAUUAUAUAUCCAGGAAGUAGGAUUCCAGAGUGGUUCAAGUAUUGCAAGGAGACUACUUCAUUAAGUAAAUCUAUUGAAGUAGAAAUUGAUUAUAAUGCGUCCAUUUGUUUUGGGCAUCAGAUUGUGGCAUUGGUUUUGUGUUAUGUUGUGGGAUCUCUUCCAGCAUCGGCUUUGUAUGGUACUACUGCAAUAAACGGCCAGUCGAUUAUAGAUGAUCAUGUAUGUCUAAGAUACAUUGCAGGAAAUUCUAUUGAUGAGAUGGUGCCGAGAAUUUACAAUAAUAAGAGGUUUAUAAUGAAAAGUGAUAAAGCAAUCUUAAAAAGUUUCGGAUUCCAUAUAAUAUAUGGAAAUGACAAUUUCAUUAAUCCUAUUCAACUUUCAAAGAGACCCCGAGAUGAAGGUGAGCAUGACUUGGAACCCGAUUGGAACCCACAACAGAAGCGGCAAUCUUCAACCACGAGAAUUAUGGAAUUCAAUGAUGCUAAUGAUGAUUAAAUUAUUGAAGAUUUGGAUUUAGAACUUCGACUUGGGAAUUGAAGUUCAGAAAGGAAUCGAAGUUGCGAAAGGAAUCAAAGUUGGGGGAAAGAACUGUAACGAUCGUGGCAUUAGUUUUUGUGUUUUGUUGCGAGACCUCUUCCGAUGAAAAGAAUAAGAAUAAACGGCCAGCAGAUUAGAACUGAUCAUGAGAUGCGGCUAUAGACUUCAAUGGACCCACAUGAUCGUGUAUGGCUACAAUACAUAGCUGGAAAUUCUAUUGAUCAUGGGAUUCUGUCAAGAAGUUACAGGGAGGGGAACAAUAAUAUGAGGUUUAAAUUUGAAAGUGAUUCAGAGAAAGCAAUCUUCAAAAGUGCUGGAGUCCAUCUAAUAUACGGGAAUGACAAUUUUAUUGAUCCUAUUCAACUUUCAAAGAGAUACGCGCGAGAUGAUGGUGAGCAUGACUUGGAACCCACGACAGAAGAGGCGGGGAUCUUCAACCAGCUCUAGCUUAUGGAAAUUCAAGGAUGCUAAUGAUGAUUUAAUUAAUGAAGAUUUGGAUUUAGAACUUCCACUUGGCAAUUGAAGUUCAAAAAGGAAUCAAAGUUGGGAAAGAACUAUAACCAUAAUAGACUUUAAAGGAUGCUUGUGGAAUUUGCAGCAAUCUCCUCGACCACCUUACUAGAAUUUCAGUACAUAUAUACGCCAGGAAUAUCGAAACGGGUUCAAGGCCUCAAAGACUCUGUUUUCAGACCAAGACCAGAUCUGUAAAGGGAGAUUUAAGGGCCUUGAAAAUUAUGUUUUACAGACCUAAGGACCAUAAGGCAAUCUCCUCGACCGCUUUACUGGAAUUUCAGUACAUAUAUAUACACCAGGAAUACUGAAACAUGUUCAAAGGCCUCCAAGACUAUGUUUUUAGACCAAGACCAGAUAUUUAAAGGGAGAUUUAAGUGCCUUGAAAACUAUGUUUUACACACCUAAUGACCAUAAGAAGGCUUUCUAUGAGACUAUCACGUCUUCCCAUAUUGGAAAGGAUGCUGGAUGAAUUGUUAUACUAGGCAGUAGAAGGUCACCAUUAAAAGGCUGAAGUUAAUGACCAAAUUUAUGUGUGGAGGGAAGAAAGAUGAGGAUGCAUUGCUACAUCUAAUGGAUGCAACUGCAGACAUGCCACUGUUCCUGCAGCACCCCCUCCCUGUCAUGUUGAUGUAGGAUAUGCAAAGCAUCAGAAUCAGAAACCCUCCUAAAGUUCAAGGCCUCCCUUCAACCGAAUGACACAUUAAUCAGCUGGAAUGGCUCAACAACACCAUGUUCUGAGCAUAACGUAAAUUGGGUUGGUGUUCAUUGUGGGAAAGGAAAAGUUAAGGGUUUAUGACUCAAGAAUAUGGGACUAAAUGGUUUCAUUGAUGUGGACUUGCUCGCGUUUCUGUCGAAUUCGAGAACUAUAAGCUUUAUGAAGAACAAAUUUAACCUUGCCAAAGCUUUUGGAGUUAAGGCUUGAUGAUAACCAUUUUGAUGGUCAGAUACCGGAUUUUCAACAGAAGUCAUUGAGUGCUUUUAACGUAUCAGGCAAUGAAUUGGGAUGGAUUCAAGCUCCUUCUCUGGAAAUUUAGAGCUAUGUGGAAUGCCUAUGGGUAAUUGUGACGAGGGCUCAAUUCCAAGUAUCCUAGUGAUUGUCAUACUUGCAACGAUGGCAACAGUCGGAAUAGGUGUGGUGGUCUUCAUCAACCACAAGAGGCAACCUUCUUUAUUGACAAAGGCUCCAGUACAUCCAUUAAACUUGCAAAAGAAAUCAGGCAUAAAGGAAUCAAACGAAUCAGGGCAAAGACUCAACAAACUACAGUGGAAAUACCAAGAAGGUUGAGAAUGUGAAGCUGGCCUUUGUCAGGGAAGAUAGGGAGAGGUUUGAUAUGUAGGAAUUGCUUAAAGCCUCAGCUGAGAUAUUGAGCAGUGGAUCAUUUGGGUCUUUGUGUCUUCUUACAAGGCUGCCUUGCACAAUGGACAGGUGAUGGUUGUGAAGCGGUUCAAACAAAUGAAUAAUUUGGGGAAAGAGUAGUUUCAAGAGCAUAUGAGCAAGCUAGGGAGGUUGAGACACCCGAAUCUGCUUCCUCUGGUGGCUUACUACCAUAUAUAGGAAGGAAGAGAAGCUCUUAGCAUUUUGACUGUGCAGAAGGCCAGCUUGGCCGUUCAUCUACAUGUUCAGCCCCAAGACAACCUACAUAGCCCUUUGUUCAUGCCACUUGCUUUUCCAUUCCUCCUCUGUUUUGUUCAAACCACCAGUCGGCAACUUAUGGCCAUUAAUUGGUCUCUCUCUGCCACAUAUUGAAGAUGUUCAACCACACCGAAUGCUAAACUCUUGGCCACGAUAUUCGGAAUUGAAGUUUGGAGAUGAAUCAAAGUUGCGGAAGGAUUCAAAGAAGGGAAAGAAUUGUAACCAUAACAAACUUCAACGGUGAAGAGAUUGAAGGACUUGAUUGCAUCUGGCUAGUCGUUUGUGGGAGUUUUUCUUUGAGUUCAAUUCUCUGAGAUCUAGUGGGGUUUGGAAUUUCCUUUAUGACCAGCAUUUCUUUUAAUUUUGGCUUUGGAUUGCUAGCCGGGGAAAAGUAAAGUUGUUGCUUUUAAUAACUAUAAUGUAGCUUUUUUGUUUGCUACUUUACUUGUUUUUCGACAGUCUGGAUAGACCAAAAAGAUUCCUUUUGGUGUUGUAGGGGUUGCAGUUUUUCGAGAUCAAGAUAUUGGUUUUUUUCAAAUUUUGUGAUCUUAAAGUUUGGAUCACUUAUGGCGUAGGUUGUUUACAAGUAAAGUUGUGGUUUGUUUGGUUUUGGUUUAUAAAUAGGCAUGUUUAGAUUGGUUUUAUUGAUUUAUUUAUUUAGUUUAAUGUAUAGUUUGUUUUUAUUUUACUAGAUUUUGAUGCUUGGGAUGGUUUUUCUUUGAAUAUUUGUAAAUCUCAUGUGUCCUGUUUGUUAUGACGGUAUUCUUCCGUUAUAAGUGAGGACAAUCAAUAAAAUUAGAGUACCGUUCUCUUCUUAAAAAAAAAAAUACUUAUGGCUUGUGUGCCUUUCUAAAUGAUGGUAAUUUCUGGGGUUAAGAUCAUUAAGUACUACCUAUUAAUACUUUCAUGAAUUAUAAAUAUGGAUUUUUGGCAGACAAUUGUGACUGAAAGAGAAAAUUUUGCUUUUGAGUUGCUGGUUUUUUACUGUUUGAACUGUAUAGCAAGUUGUGGCUUGAUUUCUCAGGAUCAGGAACAUUCAUGAUGGACAAGACAAUUUGUGAAUUGUAACAAUUUAUUGCUCAUUAUGACGUAACCA